AUGUACAUCAAGCAGAUUAUUAUCCAGGGCUUCAAGAGCUACAAGGAUCAGACGGUCAUUGAGCCCUUCUCGCCCAAGCACAACGUCAUCGUCGGUCGCAACGGUUCGGGCAAGAGUAACUUCUUCGCCGCGAUCCGCUUCGUCCUCAGCGAUGCCUACACCCAGAUGGGGCGCGAGGAGCGCCAGGCCCUCCUCCACGAAGGAUCGGGCUCCGCCGUCAUGUCGGCGUACGUAGAGGUCAUCUUCGACAACAGCGACGACCGCUUCCCCACCGGAAAGCCCGAGGUCAUCCUUCGCCGCACGAUUGGCCUGAAGAAGGACGAAUACUCGCUUGAUCGCAAGAACGCGACCAAGGCUGACGUCAUGAACCUGUUGGAGUCGGCCGGUUUCUCGCGAUCGAACCCGUACUACAUUGUUCCGCAGGGCCGUGUGACCGCUCUGACAAACAUGAAGGAUGGCGAAAGGUUGAAUUUGCUGAAGGAGGUUGCGGGCACUCAGGUGUACGAGGCGAGGAGAAGCGAGAGUUUGAAGAUCAUGCAGGAAACGGACAACAAGCGCUCCAAGAUCGACGACCUGCUGGCCUACAUCAGAGAGCGCCUUGGGGAGCUUGAGGAAGAGAAGGAGGAGCUCAGGGCUUACCAGGAGAAGGACCGCGAGCGAAGGUGCUUGGAAUACACCAUCUACCAUCGCGAGCAGCAGGAGAUCCAAAGGGUGCUGGAAACCAUGGAUGAACAGAGGCAGGUUGGCGUCGACGAGACCGACGACAACCGGGAGCGUUUCGUCCAGAACGAACAGGAGAUUACGCAGAUCGAUACCGAGAUUGCGGAGCUCAAGCAGCAGAUUGAGUUUCUCAAGGUCGACAAACGCCAGCUCGAGGAGGAGCGCCGUGAAACUGCGCGUGAUAGGGCCGCGGUUGAGCUCGAGGUCAAUGAGCUCACGGAUGGCCAGGCAGCCGCAAAGCAAGCCAAGAGUCGUCACGAUGCCGACCUACAGGAAGUUCAGAAGCAGAUCAAGCAGCGCGAGCAGGAACUUGCAACGAUCAUGCCCGAAUACAACCAACUAAAGGAGCAAGAAGCCACAAUCAGGACUCAACUCGCCGAUUCCGAAGGCAUCAGGCAACGCUUGCUGGCCAAGCAAGGGCGUCAAUCACAAUUCCGGUCAAAGCGCGAGAGAGAUGACUGGCUUCGGAAGGAAAUCGACGAGGUCAAUAUCUCGUUGGCGACCCGCAAGGCAAUCGCUAUGCAGACCACGGAGGACAUUGCCGAGCUGGAGACCCAAAUCGGGCGCUUGGAAACCGAAAUCACUGAACUACGCUCUAAUAUCGAGAACCGCGGCGACAACAUGCAAAACAUCUCAGAAGAGGUACAGAAGGCGAAGGAGGAGCGCGACCAGCUUUCGGAUCAGCGUAAGGAGCUAUGGAGAGAAGAAGCCAAGCUUGAUUCGGUGAUCAGCAACGCCCAGCACGAACUCAACCGCGCGGAAAGGUUCCUAUCGCACAUGAUGGAUCAGAACACCAGUCGUGGCCUGGCCGCCGUCCGCCGUAUCAAACAGCAACAGAAUCUGAAAGGCGUCUACGGCACGCUCGCGGAACUUUUCGAGGUGCCCGACAGAUACAAAACUGCCGUGGAGGUGACUGCCGGAGCCAGUUUGUUCCACUACGUCGUCGACAAUGAGCAGACUGCGACAAAGGUCCUCGAAGUCCUACAGAAGGAGAAGGCUGGCCGUGUUACUUUCAUGCCUCUCAACCGGCUGAGGUCAAAACCGAUCAACAUUCCCAAGGCUAGCGAUGCUCUACAUAUGAUCUCUAAGCUUCAGUAUGAUCCGUUGUACGAGAAUGCCUUCCAGCACGUCUUCGGUAAGACGAUAAUUUGUCCCAACCUCCAAGUUGCGGCACAGUAUGCCCGUAGUCACGCUGUCAGCGCCAUCACGCCAGAGGGAGACCGUGCGGAUAAGAAGGGUGCCCUGACGGGUGGUUUCCACGAUCCUCGAAACUCUCGCAUCGAUGGUGUCCGUAAUGUGGCCAAAUGGCGCCAGGAAUACGAGGCGCAGAGAGCCCGUCAAGUGGAGCUGCGGCGACUGAACGAGGAGAAGGAUCAGGAGAUCACGCGCGCGUAUGGUGUACUCACAAAGAUUCAGCAGAAACAGCAGCAGCUGGAGAAUAGCUAUGGCCCGAUGAGACAGGAGCUGCGCGCAAAGAUGACUGACUUGCAAAACAAGAGAGAGGGUCUUGAGGCAAAGCAGAGAUCAAGGGACAACAUCGAGGCCAACGUCCGCGAACUAGGAGAACAGCAAGAGGCCUACGAUUCCGAGUUGGCUUCCGACUUCAAAAAAGCUCUUUCUCGUGAAGAGGAGCAGCAGCUCGAAUCUCUCGCCAGGCCCAUCCAGGACCUGCGCGGGCAGCUUUCCAAACUCAGCACCAACCGUGCGGAACUUGAAGCACAGAAGACCACGUUGGAGUCUGAGCUUCGCGAGAACCUCCGCCUUCGUCUGGAUCAGAUCAAUUCCCAGGGCUUUGAAGAUGGCACGGAUUCUGGUGGCAGCUCUGUGAAGCUCAAGGACCGCCAGCGCGAGCUCAAGCGGAUCAACAAGGCCCUCGAGACUGUCCAGAGGAGGCUGCAGGAAGCCGACCAGAACAUUGAUCAGACCAAUUCUCAGCUUUCUGAGCUUGAGAAAACCAAGGCUGGGAAACAGACUGAACAAGAAGAGGUGGCACGCGCCAUUGAGCGUCACCAAAAGCGGAUGGAGAAGGGCAUGGCCAAGAAGGCUCUGCUGAACAGCAAGAAUCAAGAGUGCCAGAGGAACAUCCGUGACUUGGGCGUGCUGCCGGAAGAGGCGUUCGAGAAGUACCAGAACAUGGAAUCCAACAAGGCAAGUCGACAGACUUAUUUCAGAGCAGAGCCCACGCUCAAGAAGUAUUCGCACGUCAACAAGAAGGCGUUCGAGCAGUACGCCAACUUUACCAAGCAGCGGGAUACCCUUAUGAAGCGCCGCUCGGAGCUCGACUCCAGUCAAAGGUCGAUUGAAGAACUGAUCGAGGUACUCGAUCAACGGAAGGACGAGGCCAUCGAGCGUACUUUCAAGCAAGUGAGUCGCGAGUUCGCCAAUGUCUUCGAGAAGCUUGUCCCGGCUGGCAAAGGUCGCUUGAUCAUCCAGCGGAAGAGCGACAGCCAAGCGCGUGCCGAGCAGGAGGAGGAGGACAGUGAAGAAGAGGAGAGGAGGCAGAGCGUCGAAAAUUACACUGGUGUUGGUAUCAGUGUCAGUUUCAACUCGAAGCAUGACGAGCAGCAGAGGAUUCAGCAGCUGAGUGGCGGACAGAAGAGUUUGUGCGCUCUUGCGCUAGUCUUCGCCAUCCAGCAGUGCGACCCUGCGCCUUUUUACCUCUUUGAUGAGAUUGAUGCCAACCUGGACGCCCAGUACCGUACGGCUGUGGCGCAGAUGCUGCAGACGCUGUCGAACAACAACGAGGGCGGCGGACAGUUCAUCUGCACGACUUUCAGGCCCGAGAUGGUCAUGGUUGCGGAGAAGUGCUACGGUGUCAGCUACACAAACAAGACCAGUAGUAUCGAUGUCGUCGACCGCGAUACAGCCAUGAAGUUCAUUGAGGGCCAGCAGAAGCCGGGAGCUUGA